GAACGCUUCCGAGGAAAAACAAAGAUGUCGCUUCCCAUGUUAAGAGGUUGUUAUAAGUUUCCAUCGACAUAUAGCUUUACUCGUCUAUUUUUAAAUGAAAGUCUCGUUCUGAAUCGGUCGGGUAAAACGCGGCUUCCGUCUUCAUCGCCUGCCGCUUCGGCAGCAGCAGUCCGCCCGUACAGCUCCCACCGGGGCGGACAGAACCAGAAGGUGGUGGUUGUCGACAUCCCAAAUCCUUUUAUCUGGUUUCGCACCCGAAUAUACUACUUCCUGAUCAGGGCUUACUUUGAUAAAGAGUUCAGCAUUGAAGAGUUCACGGAGGGAGCCAAGCAGGCCUUCUCCCAUGUUUCCAGACUGUUGUCACAGUGCCAGUUUGAAGCUUUAGAAGGGCUUGUGGCUAAAGACUUGAUUGGAAAGCUUGAGGAAAAGUGUAAUCUGCUGCCAUCGAGCCACAAGAAAGCUCUCUCUGCACAUCCUGAUGAGAUCAUGUACACAACACCUGGAGACGUGGGAAUCUACUAUGAUGACAAUGGGAGAAAAUUUGUCAGUAUUCUGAUGCGUUUCUGGUAUCUGACAAGUGCACGUCUUCCCAAUGACACCAUGGAGGGAACCCGUGUCUUCCAGGUGGCCAUUGGUGGGGAGGGAGAAGCAGAAACUAAGAGACUGCUAAGUGCAAACUAUGAAUUCCAAAGGGAGUUUACUAAGGGAGUGGCUCCAGACUGGACCAUUACGAGGAUAGAGCACUCCAGACUCCUGGACUAAGGUGCUUUUGAUUUGAGUCAGCGGUGCCAGUGGAAACUAGUCAAAGACACAAAAUUCACCUCAGUAUUUGUUUUCUAAAAUUAAAUUUAAAGAAAACAAAAACAGCAAAACUCCUCACUGGGAAGUCAGAUGAAACCACCAGGACAAACUUGGAUUCCACUGUUCAAUGUAGAAAAGACACAUGAGCCAACCUAUCUAUUAUCCUAGAUACUGCCCAGAACUGUCUGCAGCAUAACAGUGUUUCUUAUGGUUCUCUUCAUUAUCUCUUAUCCCCCACCCCCACAAUAAAAGAAACUGUGAUCAAAACUUGACUAGGUUUAUGAACUGGUGAUUUGAAAGAUUUUGUACAUUAAUUAAUCUUGCCAGAGGAGUCUCCUCUUAUUUUCAAAUCAAUUGUGGCUUUAUUUCAACUUUUGUGUAACAUCAUAUGAAUUGGUCUUGCUGCAGCUGUUUUGGAAACUAUUGUUUCUCUAUGUAGGACUGUGUGGUACAAAGACAAUGAAAUGUACCAGAUUUGCUUUCACACAGGAGAUAACUGUCUUUUAAUUUUAACACAACCUGUUGCACCUGACUCUGAAGCACAUAUUAUAUAUGUACCAUAUGUGUGUACAUGUAGGAGCUUGAUGCAGCUGCAGCAGACCCUGAUUGUUUUAUUAAAGAUUUGAGAGAUGAA